AUGACGCCAGCCCAGGAGCGCGGCGUGCGGCGUGCGCUGGCGUUUGCUGAGAUGCUUGACCACCCGGCCCUGGUCCGCUGCAUGGGCAACUGGGAGUGCGAGGACAUCAUUUACAUAGUGGAGGAGUACGUGAACAAGGGGGACGUGCUCAACGAGGCGAUCGCGCACCCAGACAAGUACAACGAGCGGUUCGUGGCCCUCAACGUGGUGCGGCCGCUGCUGUCGGUGCUUGGCUACAUGCAUGCCAACGACAUCAUACACAGGGCAAUCAACCCGGAGAACGUGCUGGUGGGCCUGGAUGAUCUGGUGCGCCUCGGACACCUCACCGGGGCCCUGGACCAGCACAGCGACCGCCCGGCGUCCAGGAUGGGCCUGCUGGACUACAUGGCGCCUGAAAUGCUGGCUGUGCGCCAGCAGAGCGAGAGGGACCUAGGACUGGCGGGGGUGCUGGGGCGGAGAGGCGGCAGGCUGAGCAGCGGCAGCGACGGCGACGGCGGCGGGGACGGCGGCGGCGGUGAUGGAAGGGCAGGCGACCGUGUGGUGCGGGUUGGCGGCGGCGGAUGGGAGGACGAGGGACGCAGCGGCGGCAGGGGCUGGGAAGCGGGCGGCGGGGAGCCUGAGCCGGGGAGCGCGGCGGCGAUGGUGGCGGUUGCGCGGCGUGUAGCAGAGCAUGAGGCACGCCAGGACGCAGGGUGGGACUCCCACACACCUAGAGACCUGCAGCCAGACCCAUCCUUGUCCUGCCUGCCCGGCCCCCAGCGCGCCGCCGCGCGCCUAUCGCAGCACUCGGCCUGCGCCUCGCCCUCCCCGCCCCGCGGCACCUCUCCUGGCCCGCAGCAGCCACACAGCGGCGGCGCCUGGGCCCGCCCGCAGUCCGGCCGGCCCCAGUCCGGCGCGUUGCACGGCCGGCCUGGCCGGCCAGCGUCGAACGCAGGGGACCGUGGAGCCGGCCCACGGCCCCGCAAGGGCCCGAGCAAUUAUGUGGCUGCCGAGUGGGAGGGGCGCGACUACUAUAAUGAGAAGGUGGACGUGUGGCAGGUCGGCUGCCUGGUGCACGAGCUGCUCUGCGGCUCCAUGCCCUUCGAGACCACCGACAAGCUGCUGAGCAGCGGCCUGCUGCUGUGGGCGGACAUCGACCAGCCGCCCCACGGACUGGCGCCGGACUGCGCGGAGUUCCUGCAGGCGGCGCUGACCAAGGACCCCGCCGCGCGCCCCGCCGCCACGCAGCUGCUGCAGCACCCGUGGAUCACGCGCUGCGAGCGGGGGGAGCCGUACAGGGACCCGGCCGAGAUCGCCGCGGCGCGCGCAGAGGCGGAGAGGAACUCGCUGCUGGGGCGCAUAAAGGCGGCGGUCGCGGCGGUCGCUGGGCUGUUCGCGCGCGGCGCAAAGGUGGCGGCGGAAGACGAGUGGGCGCUGCGGGUCGGCAGCCGCACGGGCAGCAGCAGGACCGGCGGCAGCCGGGCAAGCAGCACGGCGGCGAGCGCGGUCGAUUCGAGGGCGGCCAGCGAGACAGACAAGGGGCAGUUGCGGCCGCAGCUGGCUCAGCAGCAGCAGCAGCAACAGCAGCAGCAGCAGCAGCAGCGGGGCGGGCACCCAGGCCGCCGCAGGUCCAGCGUUGACGAUGGCGGCGGGGCGCAGCAGCGCGAGCGCGGGCACCACCACUCGCGGCGCAGCAGCACUGGCGGCGAUGGCCGGCGCGCGUCGCAGGCGCAGGACGGGCGGGAGCACCAGCAGCAUCGGGAGCACCGGCGCUCGUCAGCGCACUCAUCUGGUGGCGGCCAUCAGCACAAGGGGCGGCGGCGGUCGACAGAGGAGGGUGCGGGCCACCACCACCGCCACCGGCGGCCGACGUCUGAGCAGCCUGCUGCGGGUGCAGCCGGCCAGCCGCGCCUCUCAGGGUCAUAG